AUGAACUCGUUAACUUUACAAACACCAUUGACUGCUUCUGAGCAACAAUUGUAUGCUCAGAAGUUCCGUCAAUUGGAUCCGGAAUCCCUGGGGAUCGUCACAGGUGAAUCUGUUAGACCGUUAUUGGCCUCCACUGGCCUUUCUUCUAAUAUGUUGUCCAAAGUCUGGUCUCUAGCUGAUGUCAACAACAAUGGGUUUUUGAACUUCAGUGAAUUCAGUGCUGCAUUAAGAAUGAUUAGUCAUUUACAGCAACUACCCACUCUGAAUAUAACCAAGGAUCUUUAUGCUAAACCUUCUCAAAGCUUAGUCAAUUUCAAUGGAGUAGUUCGUCCUCCUCCUGCUUCAAAUCAACCUGCACAAGGUUUAUCUCCUUCUAACACUCCUUCUAAUGAAAUCCCUCUAUUGAAUAGCAAUGAUGUCUCAAAAUUCUCUCAAUUGUUCGAUAGAUCUACCAACGGUGCUCAAACUUUGUCUGGUGAUAAGGCAAAGGAUAUCUUUACCAAGGCUAAUCUAUCAAACCAUCUCUUGGGUGAGAUUUGGGCUCUUUGUGAUAGAAACGCUUCUGGAUCUCUAACUAAAGUAGAAUUCAUCAUGGCUAUGUAUUUAAUCCAAUUGGGAAUCGCUCACCACCCUUCGUUAAACCAUUUACCAAAUUCUUUACCAAUCAAAUUAUGGCAAUCCAUCAAUUUGACAACUCCAGCUCCGGUUAAUGUAGCAAAACCAAACCCUCCAAUUCAAAGACAAUCCACUUUAUCAAGAGUCUCUUCAGGCGCAUUCUCCAAUGCCUCUUCAGAUUGGUCCUUGAGUCUAGAUAAAAAGAAACAAUUCGAUACGAUUUUUGAUACUUUAGAUAAAUCACAUCAAGGUCAAUUAGGCUCUUCUGUAUUGGUCCCAUUCUUCUUAUCAUCCAAAUUAAACCAAGAAACUUUAGCAUCAAUUUGGGAUUUAGCUGAUAUUCAUAACAAUGCUGAAUUUACCAAAGUAGAAUUUGCUAUUGCCAUGUUUUUAAUUCAGAAAAAAAACGCAGGCAUUCAAUUACCUGACGUCAUCCCAGAUCAAUUAUUAAAAUCUCCAACACUGGGCCUAUUUAACCCUCCACAAGGUGCCACUACGGCUCCUCCUCAACCUCCUGCCACCACUACUACCACUACCACAACUUAUUCUCCUUCUCCUUCUAUCCCACAACCACAAAUGCAAAUUCCUUCAAGAGAUACUAAACCAGCUUUCCAAACUCAAAGUCCUCAACAUACUUCUCAAGGUUCUAUUCGUCAACAACAACAACAACAGACUUUAGCUCAACAUACCACUAGUGGAUCAUUAAAUGAAUUAUUAGUCUUGAAUGAUACUUUCACCACUCAAACUGGUAAUCCUGCACAAAUUCAACCAAGUUAUAAUCUUCCAAAUACUUUACCUGCAAUGUCUCCUGUAAACACUUCCGGUUCUUUAACAAAUCAAAUGAACAAGAGAGUCUCUACUGUUCCACAGCCAACAAUAACUGAAGAACCAAGAAGUCUAAGUAAUACCAACCCUCCAACAAAUACUCAUUACCAUACUUCUUCUGUGUCUAUCUCUCCUUUACCACAAACAGUGCAAAGGUCUUUGUCAACUCAACAAUCUCCAUCCAUGAUUAAUUCAAAACUAACACACCCAACUUCUACAAAUAGUUUCCAAAAUAGAGAUAUAUUUGCUGAUUCUGAUGCCUCAGCUAAAUUAUCUACCGCAACUACUGAAUUAACUAAUUUAUCGAAUCAAAUGAGUUCUCUAACAAAUCAAGCAAGUAUUAAUAAUGAAAAGAAGAGUAAAACUGAAAUGGAAUUGAAACGCGUUACUGACAUGAAAAAUUCAAUGCAAUUGAAAUUAACAACUUUAAGACAAACUAAUGAUAAAACUAUUAAAGAUAUUGAAAAUACUCAAUUAUCAAUAAAUACAAUUAAUAAUGAAAACACCAAUUUACAAACUCAAUUAGUUACUUUAGAAAAUACUAAUAAAGAGAGUGAAUUAAAAUUGAAUGAAUUAACUGCACAAUUCAACGAAUCCCAAAAAUUAAAUGAUGAAUUAAAGGAAAAAAUGACUACUAUAAAUACAACUACAAAUGAUUUAGAAAAUAAAAUUGAAGAAUUGAAAUCAGUAUAUCAAAAGGAAAAAUCAAUGACUGAUGUUAAUUCCAAACAAUUGGAAUUGAAAGAAAUUAAUGUGGAAACUUUGAAUACAGAAUUAAGUGAUUUACAAGAAAAGAUUGAUAUUUAUUUGAAAAAACAAAAAGAAUUAGAUGAUUACAAGACUCAAGUAGAACAACAACAUGCUCAAUUAGAAUCCACUUAUCAACAAUUGGCUACUAAAACUAAUGAACUCAACGAACGUCAAAAUGAAUUAGAUCUACAAAAUAAAAAUAUUGUUGAACAAGAAAACGUUUAUAAACAAAAUGUCGAAAGAUUGGAUUCCAUGUUUGAUGAGUUAAAGAAAAGAAAAGAAUCCUUCGAUCAAUCAAAUGCAGAAUUACAUCAACAGCAUAUUGAUUAUGCUCAAAGAGUCCAAGAUUUAUCAGAAAAAAAAAUGCAAUUGUCAAUGGGUGAAUUACCACCAAAUGCAAAGGAAAUUAUCGACCAAUAUAAACCAGAUAUGACUUCCACUACCACAAAUUUAACUUCUGAAUUAAACUCUCUUGAUAUUAAUGCUUCUCCAGCUAAUCCAACUAAUGAUUCCACUUUGAAUAAAAGCUUGAAUUCUAACAUUGAUAAUAUCAAUGAAAAAAGCAGGGAAAUUCAGCAUCCAACUUCACAAGUAAUGAAUAAUUUCGAUCAAUCUGUUGGUAAUGUUUCACUUCCUCAAAGUGAAACUAACUCUACUCACCAUGAUAAUUCAGCUAUUCCAGGCAAUUGGUCUAGCACUGAAGAUGAUAGAGCUGUCAUGCAAUCUAACGAAAGCCAACAAACUACCAUUGAAUCAAAUUCAAAAUCUGGGUUGGAAAAUAUUGAUGAACAUGCAGCUAUAAAUAUUCAAAAUCCUCGCACACAAAGUACUGCAACUGAAGAUACCUCAGAUGAUGAACCUUUUGAAGAUACUUCGGAAGAUUUAGCUGGUAUGAAGCAAAGACAUUCUUAUAUGAAUACAGCCGAUUAUUCAUUGAAUGAUAAUUCACCACAUCCUUCUUCUAUUGAACAAAAUCAACAGCAUUCUUCAACAGGACCAAGUACUGGCACGCCACUACCAUCUAUUCCCCAAAAUGCACCAAUCGCAACAGAUUUCACUGGCACAUCUUCUCAAAUCUCUCAAUCUACUUCUCAGCCACCCUUACCACCACAACAACAAUUCAGCAAUACAGCUUCUCCAUCCAUAUCUCAACCUCCAUCCAUGAAUGGCUCUUAUGCUCCAAUUACUCCAAUAUCUCCAGUCGUUACAGCACCAUUGACCACCAAAAAAGAUGCGUUCGAUGAUGAAUUUUCUGGUUUAGAACAAGCUAAUGUAGAAGAUGACUUCAAUAAUCAAGAUUCUAAUUUACCUAAUAUGACUACAAAUAGUUUUGAUGAAACUAAUACAAAUCUAGAUGCUGAAUUUCAAAAUAAUGGCUUUACAGGUUCAUAUCAACAAAGCCCUAUUGGUCAAGCCCCAACUGCACAAAAUAUUUCACCAAUGCCACAAGGGUUUGUAACAUUACCAGACGGUAGUAUAAAAACUCCAGAUGGUCAAGUAUUAAUGCCUCUUAAACAAACUGUAGGCCCACAAAUCCCGCAACCACAGUUACAAAGCUCCGAAACAAGAAAUGUAAGCAAUGAUGAAUGGAAUGAAAUAUUUUCUGGAUUUGGUAAUAGCACAAACGGGCAAACCCCAAAUGCACCAGGAGGUCCAGUUCCUCAAGGUAUGCAAAAUUCACCAACUGCUACAACUACUUCUAACAGCCAUUCUCAAUCAAGUUUACCUCAACAACCAGUUCCAAUUAUGACUCAACAAGCUCCAACUAUAUCCCAACAAAUUCCAAACAUGCCCCAACAAGCUCCAUCAAUGCCUCAACCAGCACCAGCCAUGAGCCAGCAAGCACCAAUUAUGACUCAACCAACUCCAAUUCCUUCAGUUUCUCAAACUAAUACAGGUUCGCCAAUUAGCCGUAGUUUUUCAACAACUCCUAAAUCAUUGGCUAUUGAAGAAUUAAGUGGUAUGGGCUUCACUCAAGAAGAAGCUAGAAAGGCUUUGGAACAAUGUAAUUGGGAUUUAGAUGCUGCUACCAAUUUCUUAUUGGACAGCGCUUGA